AUGAUGGUGGUGGUGGUCUCCAUAGCUGAUUACCUCUACCCCAACAACCCCGGGGUUAUCCCAACAGCUCUUGGGAAGGAGAGAGGGUUUCAGCCGUGUGCUCCCUUCUUCCAGGAGCUGCUUUGGGGCCGCUUUGGUGGGAUUCUCACAGCCCCGUGGCUCCAGGAGGUGGUUGAGAUGAUGGUGGUGGUGGUCUCCAUAGCUGAUUACCUCUACCCCAACAACCCCGGGGUUAUCCCAACAGCUCUUGGGAAGGAGAGAGGGUUUCAGCCGUGUGCUCCCUUCUUCCAGGAGCUGCUUUGGAAGGAUGUAGAUGUGGAUGUAGAUGUGGAUGUGGAUGUAGAUGUAGAUGUGGAUGUGGAUGUGCUCCUCAGUGGUGCUGGAGAGUCUGGGAAAAGCACCAUCGUGAAGCAGAUGAAGAUUAUUCAUGAGGAUGGCUACUCGGAGGAGGAAUGCAAACAAUAUAAAGUGGUUGUCUACAGCAAUACUAUCCAGUCCAUCAUCGCCAUCAUAAGAGCCAUGGGGAGGCUAAAGAUAGACUUUGGGGAAGUUGCCAGAGCAGAUGAUGCCCGUCAGCUGUUCGUGUUGGCUGGCAGUGCGGAGGAGGGGGUGAUGACCGCCGAGCUGGCCGGGGUGAUCAAACGGUUGUGGAGGGACGGCGGGGUCCAGGCCUGUUUCAGCAGAUCCAGAGAAUAUCAGCUGAACGACUCCGCCUCAUAUUACCUGAACGACUUGGAUAGAAUAUCCCAGCCGACCUACAUCCCCACCCAGCAGGACGUCCUGAGGACCAGGGUUAAAACCACCGGCAUCGUGGAAACCCACUUCACCUUCAAGGACCUGUAUUUCAAGAUGUUUGAUGUUGGUGGCCAACGGUCAGAGCGGAAGAAGUGGAUCCACUGCUUCGAAGGCGUGACGGCGAUUAUCUUCUGCGUGGCCCUCAGCGAUUACGACCUCGUCUUGGCUGAGGAUGAGGAGAUGAACCGGAUGCACGAGAGCAUGAAACUCUUUGACAGCAUCUGUAACAACAAGUGGUUUACGGACACGUCCAUCAUUCUCUUCUUGAACAAGAAAGACCUGUUUGAGGAGAAGAUUAAGAAGAGCCCCCUGACCAUCUGCUACCCCGAGUACACAGGCUCCAACACGUACGAGGAGGCAGCUGCCUACAUCCAGUGUCAGUUUGAGGAUCUGAACCGCAGGAAAGACACCAAGGAGAUCUACACCCACUUCACCUGCGCCACUGACACCAAGAACGUGCAGUUCGUCUUCGACGCCGUCACGGACGUCAUCAUCAAAAACAACCUGAAGGAGUGCGGGCUCUACUGAAGGGCACGAGAAGGAGUUUGAAACGGCGGCGUUUUUUUGUGCCCCGGACUCUUUGCUGCCUGGCGGGGACCGGCUGGGAGCACCAAGAGGACCAGAAGAAAAGGGGGAAAAAAAACAGCAAAAACAGCAUGCAAAAUCCUUGCAUUCUUUUAGCACAAAUCUUAACUCUUAGUAGGGGGACCUUUUUUUGAAAUUGAGACGGGAAGGUCGAGGUUAAAACAACCCUUUGGAGCGUGACCGGAUCCGUCCGGGUGACGAUCCCAAACCUGUACAGCCGGUGUGGAGUCGAGGUGUUGGGAUUCCACACCUUCAAUAUGUAGCUUUCUCUCUCUUUUUUUUUUUGGGUUAACAAACCACCACUAGUUUUAUUUUUGGGGGUUUUUUUUUGAAGCUUCGGUUGUUGUUUAUUUUUAUUCUUAUUUUAUUUUAUUUUUUUUCCCCAUCCGGAAAACUAUUAUCGACUCGAUUUUCUUUCUUUCUUCGCGAACGGAACCUUGUUUUAAAAAGAAUAAAAAAUUAAAAAAAAAAACAAAAAAACAAACAAAAAAAUCACUUAACUAUGCACACGUGAGCAGAUCAUGCGGAAAGAAUUUCCUCUUUGCAGGAAAAGAAAAA